AUGGUCGUCAGUUUGCUUCAGCAUUCGAUCCGAAGUACUACUUUUGUGAAACCUCUUCACCUAUCACGCUUGCGCAAUAGAUUUUAUCGGAUGACAAGUACAAAUGAUCCGACGGCUUUAAGUGCUGAAGACUUAGGUCGUCUGUAUCAUGUGAGCAAUGAAGACAUUGAUACAUUGUAUUAUCGGUAUAUGUUGCCCCCGAAAUUUCGGAAACAAGUGGAAACAUUGAAUGAAUGUGUUUGGUUAUAUAGGCGACCAACAUUUGAAGCAACCACAUGUUUAAAGUUGGUAGGUGUGGAUAUUCCAAAUUUACGUGUGGUACUGUGGGGUAGAUGGGGAACUGGUAAAUCGAUGACUGUUUUCCAAACAAUCUAUCACGUGUGGAAGCAAGGAUGGACGAUAUUUACCAUACCAAAUGUGAUAACGAUUAUGAGGGAUUAUGAUGAAGUGAAACCAUCAACGUAUCGUGAAGGCCGCAUUGAUUUUCCCGUACUUGGGCACCAAAUAUUAAGAAGGUUCAGACUGAUGAAUACGCCUAAUUGGGAAAAACUCAAGGAAUGCAAAGCGCAAAAACACUAUAAAUGGUCCAAAGUUGAGGAAACAAAAGAAGGAGAACCAAUCACAAACAUAGUUGACAUUGGUCUUUCCGCUCCUUCUUUAUCAUCAGAUUGUGUUGGUGGUUUGCUUCGAGAAUUAACAUAUCACUGUAGUGCUGGUAGAUUUCCGUUGCUUGUGACAAUCGAUCAUGCAAAUUCUCUUUAUGGCAAAACAACAAUGAAGGAUAGAAAUCAUAAAUUUGUAGAUCCGAAAUACUUCACCUUGAUCCAUCAUCUCCGGAAGUUAUUACGAAAUGAGUGGACGAAUGGUGCAUGUUUGUUGGUUGCCGAUAAAAGAGAAGUCAGUGACGCACGUGAUCACCUUACAGUACCACUGGAGACACCACUGGAACUUUUCGGAGAGAAUAUAGAAAAAAUCGAGCCUUUUAUACCCAUUGAAACUUCAUUAUAUUCGGCCGAAGAAAUGGAUACUAUCUAUGACUAUUAUCUUGAAAAGAAAUGGAUUACUUCUGAGUCAGCUUCAGGUCGCACAGAACGGGCAAAAAAAGAGUUGAAGUUCCUGAGUGGAAGGAAUCCGUACUAUUAUGAACGAAUCUGUGCCUUUAUUUGA